CCGCGACUCCCUCUAUAUGGACUCACUGGCAGCUCCCUCCAGGCUCCUACCCCACUGCAGCCUCUAGCCGGCCAGCAAAGUAACGCACCCCAGGCAAGAGCCCUGUGUACAGCAAGAGACUUCACCGCUCCCGCUGACCACAGACCGCACAGGAGGGGGAGCAGCAGGCAGAGCAGGAUGGUCCGCACAGUGUAUGCUGUUGGUGGUCUGCUUCUUCUAGCUGGACUCCUGUUACCCACAGCAGAAGGGAGAAAGAAGAACCGUGGGUCUCAGGGAGCCAUCCCUCCUCCUGACAAGGAUCAGCCCAAUGAUUCAGAGCAGACACAGACAAAGCAGCAGCCAGGUUCAAGGCACCGAGACCGGGGAACUGGCACACCAAUGCCCGCCGAAGAGGUGCUGGAGUCUAGCCAGGAAGCAUUACACGUCACUGAACGCAAGUAUCUUAAGCGGGAUUGGUGUAAAACUCAGCCCCUCAAACAAACCAUUCAUGAAGAAGGCUGCAAUAGUCAUACUAUUAUCAACAGAUUCUGCUAUGGCCAGUGCAAUUCUUUCUACAUCCCAAGGCACGUCCGCAAAGAGGAAGGCUCUUUUCAGUCCUGUUCCUUCUGCAAACCUAAGAAGUUCACCACUAUGACAGUUACACUCAAUUGCCCUGAACUUCAGCCCCCUAGAAAGAAGAAGAGGAUCACGCGAGUCAAGGAAUGUCGGUGUAUAUCCAUAGAUUUGGACUAGACUUUGCAGAACACUAUUACACUGAUGCUCCAGGCAUAGGCAAUCGUCAUUGCCAGGUUAAAUAAGAGUGAGUGACAUAACUACCAUACCUGCGUGGCUGGACACAACUGACAGGAACCAGAGUGAAUCACCCAAAACAUAAUAUGUGUGUGUGUAUGUGUGUGUGUGUGUGUGUGUGUGUGUGACUGCGUAUCUAUACAGAAGUAUAUGAAUGUUCACUAUAGAAUAAAAACAUUUAAAUUCAUGUGUGAAAUAUCACCAAAGGCCUGUAAACACAAGGUUCAGUAUCACAUCUAUGAAUUAGGACCCUUAGCAUACACUCACAUUCUCCCUGCUUGCUGGGUUCAGUGCAGCUGUGACUUUUGCUAAUGCCCCACUGGAGACCAUACUAUUCACCUUCACGAUAUGAAGAAAUAUCAAAUCAGAGGCAUUCAGGAGCUUCCAAGCAUGAAUUUGAUCCUAAAUUUAAAAUAACCAAUGUUAAAAGAGGUGCAGUUAUAGAUGAAACCUCACUAAAAGCCACCUUUCCACCAAUAGUUUCUAUUAUGCCUUUGUUUUUUUUUAAAUCAGUGUUGCUGGGAGGCCGGGUGGGGUGGGGUGGGGUGGAUAAGAACCAACAGGACACAGACAGAGAGAAAACAACCCCAGGGAGCUAGAAGGAAAAAGAAGGCGAAGAGUUAGCAGGAAGGAGAGGAAAGGGACAGGAAGGAGUAGGAGAAGGAAGGAGAGAAAAGAUGAGAAAGACAAAGGAAUAAGAGGAGACAUUUUCUUCUGCUACUUUUUUGCUUUAAUUUAUAGACAAAUCCAUUUGUUAUAUAAAAUGAAAAGAAAUUACAAACAUGGAAUUCAUUCCUGAAUUCUAAUAACAGUCUAAAUCAAUUAAGAUCCAUUCUUAUGUCACUAGAGCCUCUUGAUUUAUUUAUGGUCUUGUAAUUCAGAUAUCAGCUGCUUUAUAUAUUUAUGUAUGUGUCUGUACUCUACAUGUAAUAUGUAUAUAUACAGUCUCUAUCUACAUAUGUGGGUAUAUAUGUGCACCCAAUGAGGUUAUGUAUUUUGUGUAUCUGUACUUUCUCUCUCACACAAUGUACCAAUCACAAAAAAACUCAGUAUACAACAUCAAGCACAAAAUGGCAGUAAUUUAGCAUAUAAAGAGCAAAGCAAAAAUUACAAGCAUCAUGUGACUGCAAAUGCAAUAACCACACAAGAGACAAAAGACAUGGCAUGCAUGACUAGUAAACAUUGCAUUGUUAUUGUUAUUUUAGCUCUGCCACAGGCAUGCAGUUAGUUGAAAAAGAGAUGUACAGCCUUGCCAGCAAUAAUCUGCUUUUUAUAUCCUUUGCCACAGUCUUGCAUUUAAACAGGAUUUGGACUAAGUAAAGAGAAUUUCCUGAAAAUUAAGGGCUAAAUGCUCCCCUUCUGGAGAAAAAGCCAUAUGAGGGGAAUAGUAACUCCUACAACUCCAUGGGCUUCACCUGUAGGGUUAGCCUGGCAUUCUCCCCUUAGGGAGUGCAGAAAGUCUUGCAGGAGACUCUAGAGAUUCCAGCACAGCUGUACAGAAUGUUAGCCACUCCCCACUUCACCCUAAUAUUCGCUUCCUCACUCAGCAGCCAUGCAGCUGCUUUCGCCCUCCCCAGGCCUAUCUCACAGAGUGCUUCCACAAACAGUAAUUUCACAGUGGGUACGUCCAGACUAUCUGCCGUAUC